GUUGACGCCGCCAACGCCAACCAUGGACUCCCAGAUUCUGCCAUCUCCUCGGACGAUGUCAGCAACGACUUCACCCCUUCAGACGAUAAGUUUGAGCUUGAUCUGCGGCAACACUUCGAUCUCGACCACGCUACCUUCGACCUCGGCUAUCAGUCGACGUUGGAAGAAUUCAUCAUAGAAAACGCUUCUCUCGACUCCGAAAACCUGAGCCAGUACUGAAAUGAGUUCCGCUGGGAACUUCCCGGAGCCCUGCACUCGCACAACGAGAGCGCAUUCCUUCCGUCUACGAAGCGCAAUGAGAAUGGCUGGAAGAUAGACUACGAUCGUUGUUCUUCGCGGGAACUCAAGGGGUUUGGCAACGAUCGCAAACUACAAGAUCCGUAUCCUGGCGGGAUUACCCUCAAGCGCUUUUGCAUCCGCGUUCUGGUGGAGGCCGAUCGGCACAGCUCCUUCAGAUUCAUGGACCUCCCCCCCGAGCUACGAACGUGGGUGUACCGCGAUCUUCUUACGAUACACCCCGAUGCUCAAUCGAACAGAGAGGGGCGUUGCCAUCCGACCAUACUCCAAACCUGCCGCCAGAUAUACAUGGAGGCAAAGACGGUGCUGUACGAUGGAAACACCCUGGAGUGCGUGCUUACAAGCUUUGGACAGGAGUGCGAUGACCAUGAUGAGUCUUUUAUCGUCAAUGGUCGACUGAUUCCGGCCUACUGCCCUGAUGACAUCGCAAAGAUUCCGGAAUACAUCGUCCGAUUUUCGCAUAUCUCGAUCGUUGUUCGUUUUCUGGACUGCGGCUUCUGCAACGUCGAAGCAUAUGCCAUGGAUCUCAACUGGAUGCUGUCCGGACUCGCAUCCGUUUUGAUGGAUCACCACCGUCUUUCCAAAAUGAAAGUCACGAUGGAGAUUCGUGAGGAUGUGAAGCGGCACGAGGUCUACAAAGAACUCCUUUACCCCCUCCGACGACUGCGAAACAUUCAAAACCUCACGAUCACUUCGAACGACGAGGACUUUCCUCGCCACUUCGAGAGAAUUCUUGCCCGUGACGUGUCGAAGACCACUCCAGCACUGAACACUCUCAAUUACUGGCGUGCAUUCCAUGACGAAGCCGCAGCAUGGCAAGAGUUGCUACAUGCUGCCCAAGGAAUUCCCUACGUAUACAAAUGGAACGAAUCGCUCUGGAAGCCUCUCAUGCCGCGAGAUAUCAGAGAUUCGUUUCACGAGAUCGAAGAGGACUAUCUCGUCUCAGCAUGCCUGUCUGGUCCGGACGAACAAGACUUUCUGAUCAAGCUCUUCAAGCUAAAGAAACUGCUUGACGACCGACAGCACGACGCCUUCAAUCAGGCUUCUAAACUCUGGGGCGACAAAGUCGCAGCGAGGAAUGCGUUCCAAAGUGAUCCUGUGACCGGAGCACUUACGAAAGUGGGACCAGCGGAACGGCAAUCUUACGGGGCACCGACUAGCACUCUCGAUGAAGAUUUCGUCGGCUGGGACGAAGGUGUGAGUAGGUAGUCGGACGACGAAAGUUCAGACAGCUUCCUUCGUUCGCCACACUAUCGCAGGCGAUACUGGGUUUCCAAUCCAUCCCCCAACCCACCAACCCCCCUCACUCUGCACCGAUCAACCCGAGGAUGUCGCAAUCACGCCGGCCGACUCAUGCGCCCUCACAUUCCCCGCAUUCGACACACCGCCCGUCCACUUUCCGUCUUUCUUUUCGAGCUCAACAAGCGCCAUACUGGUCGUCUUCAGAAUAUUUGCUUUGAACCCGGCCAACUUCGGCAGCCUGCUGGACAGCGCUUCCAAAUCAUCGGUGGUGGGGAAGGUCUUUUCCAUCACACCGUGUCGGGGAUUUUGGACCUGUGUGUACUUUUAUCAGCAUGAUGAAUAGAUUAGCAAGUACGAUCGAAUACGUUUCACUCACGUUCAUGUAGAAUUCCAGCGU